AUGGGCCCCAGGGACCUGGAGGAGAUCGGCGAGCCAGACGUUUUUCCGGAGUUUGCCGACGCUCUGUCCCUGAGGCCCUUGGAGAGAAAGCGCCUUCUGAAGGGGAUCCAGAAGGCUUCGGGUUCCGGCGGCUACCCGGCUGCAGUGCCCGCAGCGGCAGCGAAGAUGCCGGGAAACCUCGGCCCGGGCCCUGCGAUCUUUGUGAAGAACACCUUUCUGGAGAUGGAUAACAGCGAGGCCACUGCGGGCCUGCCGCGGUCGAGCACCACACCGGCACCUGCUUCAGCGUACGAUGAUGGGGAAGAGGGUGCCGAAGAUGAUCCAGAGGAAGAUCCCGAGGAGUCGGAACAAGCUGAAGCGCUCAGCAAUCCCAUCUACAAGACCAUGACAUUCGAUGCUUGGGAGUCAGGGAAUGCUUGGGACUGGAUGUACAAACAAGGAAUGGAAUCCCAGGAAUCCGCACAGGCUCCGACAGAUCCGAAAAGCGUCGAGAGCAUUCCAGAGGAAACACCUGUCAUGUCCGGUGCCGUUGGAAUGAUGUUCGUCCCGCAGGAGGUGAUGCCAAGCUAUGCAAUGGCGGUACCUCCUCCGGAGAUGUGCAUGCCCGGCUGCUUCGCCGUUCCCAUGGACCCGUUUUCGCGAUUUCCAGGGGCCAUGGACAGCAUGCCCCCGGCCUUGGAUGGUUCCGUCUCCACCAUUGCCGUCACGACGACUGCCGACAACAACAGAGCACAGGUUUUACAGCGGGCCUUCAGCGUGAGCAGCAACGUCUACCGCAUCCGGUGGACCGUGGAUGCCCGGAAGCUUCGGAGCACCGACAAGGAGGCCGUCUCGCCGCCCUUCGACCUCACCUUCGCCGGCGGACAGCCGGUUCCCUUCAAGAUGAUCUUGCGUCCCCGCGUGGUCGCGCAAGAACGAGGUGGGGCUUCCUUCCGGAGGUCGCGUGGUCGAGGGAACAUUCAGCUGCGGUGCAUGGCAGAGUCCGACGCCGCGGCGAAGCCCGUAGUGACCUUCCGGCUUUUGGUGGGCAGCGAGAAGGCGACAGUCGAAAGCGGCGUGCCUUUGGCCGUCCUCAUGUUCUUUAACAUCAUCUUCGGAGUGAUCUUUGCCUCCGUGAUCUUUUACUUCGAAGGCUCCGAAUUCUCCGUGGACGACCAGUUCCUGCAAAAUGGCUUCCCACGAGGCCAAGUCGAGAAGGUAUGCUCUGCGAAGCACGAUUUCGUGUGCGGCAGUCUAUAA